UUCAGCCGAGGGCACUGGUCCGGAGCGCGGAGCCAGCAGGUUCCAGUGUGGAUGUGCAUGGGACACACGGCCGGGAGCAGCCCGGGAUGUGCAUGGGACACACGGCCGGGAGCAGCCCGGGACGGCGCCUGCUGCGGGCUGCGGGCCCGGCUGUGCCCAGCGCUGGGGGCACGGCAGCUUACUGAGGCGUGCUUCACUGCCCCUCCUCCAAAAUAAAAGUAUUCAUCAAGAAAGAAAAUGCCGACAAGUUCUUGGAAAGAACAAAACGUGCUAACUCUUUCUUAGAGGAAUUGAAGCAAGGGAAUAUUGAAAGAGAAUGCAUUGAGGAGCGCUGCUCAAAAGAAGAAGCAAGAGAAGCUUUUGAAGAUCAGGAGAAAACUGAGGAAUUCUGGAACCUCUAUGUAGAUGGUAUUUCCAAGGAGAUUCUUCUUGUGUUGGUGUUUCUCUCCAUCUUUAAUUUCAGCAUUCUUCUCUUUACAGUAAAAUACCCUUGCGGAAAAGUUUUUGUGGCAAGGAAAAAAAGGUCUGUUCUUUCACCCACUGACCAAGGCAAUGUAACGAGUGAUCAAGACCCUCCUGCAUAUGAAAUGACCACAGAGGAGAACUUUGUAAUUACCACAGAAAGCCCAACACCUCCACCUGACAACAGAACAAGCGGCAAGAAUCCAUAUGUCAAUACCAGGAUAGUUGGUGGGGAUGAGUGUCUUCCUGGCCAAUGCCCAUGGCAGGCUGUUCUGUUAAAUGAGGAAGGAGAAGAGUUUUGUGGUGGAACUAUUCUGAAUGAAAAUUUCGUACUUACUGCAGCUCAUUGCAUAAACCAAUCCAAAGAAAUCCAAGUUGUUGUUGGUGAGGUGGACAGAGAGAAGACGGAGCAGUCUGAAUCAAUGCACACAGUGGACAAAAUAUACGUUCACUCCAAAUUUAUUGCUGAGACUUACGAUAAUGACAUCGCCUUGCUAAAACUGAAGGAACCUAUCAGAUUUUCAGAGUACGUCAUCCCAGCAUGUCUCCCCAAAGCAGACUUUGCUAAUGAAGUUCUGAUGACGCAGAAGUCUGGGAGGGUUAGUGGCUUUGGCCGGGAAUAUGAUGGUGGACAACUCCCAAAGAAACUGAAGGUGCUUGAACUCCCCUAUGUUAAUAGGAACACUUGUGUGCAAUCCACUUAUUUUGUGGUAACUGAGAACAUGUUCUGUGCUGGUUAUGACACAGAGGAAAAGGAUGCUUGCCAAGGAGACAGUGGUGGCCCUCAUGUGACCAGAUACAAGGAUACUUAUUUUGUUACUGGAAUUGUUAGCUGGGGUGAAGGAUGUGCAAGGAAAGGCAAAUAUGGGGUCUACACCAAACUGUCCCGGUUCCUGCGCUGGGUAAGGACAGUCAUGAGUUUGUAGUGGUGCUGUGUCCCUUGAUCCUCCUUGUUACCUGCCAA